GAACUUGGACCACGGCGGACGUUACCAUCCUCCGGAGAACAGUGUGAGACAUGGCCUGGCUACCCAGUAGCUCCAAUGGAGCAGACAAUGGCGACGAAAGAAGCACAACGUCCAGUGGCGGUUCAUCCAGCGGUCGCAGGGAACAGGACGAGCCAAACGGAGGAGGAGCAGGAGGCACCUCUAACGGCGGAGGUCUACCGGAGUCCACCAGGGCAACAGUGAGGCAACCUCCUGCCCUCCUUCGCCAUGCCACGCCCCAUUUGCAGCCCAAGACGGAGUCCAUUUCGGACGGGGACGCUGAUGGCGAUGCUGAGUUGUCCGACUUCUCGCUGAACGAUACGGAGGAGGACGAGGAGGACCUGAGGGACUACUUGGUCCUGAAUGGAAAUCAAGGAGAUGCGAAUCGUUCCCUGUCCAGUUCUCCGCGCAGUCAUUCCCGGAACGGACCGUUAACGGCUCCGGCGAGCUCGGGCAGCUCCGUCGGCGGAACAGGAGGCGGUGGAGGUGGUGGCGGAGGCAGUUCCGCAGCCAGUUCUGGCGGGGUAAGUGGCGGAAAUGGCGUCGGUGGGGUCCGGAAAGUGUUCACCAAUACGCGGGAGCGCUGGCGACAGCAAAACGUGUCCGGGGCAUUCGCCGAACUCCGUAAACUGGUGCCCACGCAUCCGCCGGACAAGAAGCUCUCCAAGAACGAGAUCCUUCGCUCGGCCAUCAAGUACAUCAAGCUCCUCACCGGCAUCCUGGAGUGGCAGCAGCGUCAGAAUCCCGAGCAGAACAACAACGAUAAUCGCACGGUGAAUGGUCACGCCCUGGACUCGUGUAUGCCGGACUCCGGGGACUCCAUGGAUAACGCCUCCGUAAGGCACAUAAAGUGCGAGCGCGGGGAGCACCGGAACGGUGGCAAUGAUCUCCUUAUGAUCGCCCCAGGAGGUCUAAUCAAAACGGAGCAUCUACAGGAUCCUAGUGCCACAGCAGCCACUCCCACCAUGCCAUCCCUACCACUGACUCCGCAAGUUCCGGGCGAGAACAGCCGGAUAGUGGGAGCGGGAACAGGUUCGGGUCUGCGAUUGGCGGCCAGGAGUAGCAAGCGACGCCACAAGCCCGAAAAUGGAAGUGGCAAUGGCAACGGAAGUGGCGGAGCCACGGAUCUCAGUCUUGGAAAGAGAAGACGGACAUGAAAAUAUU